CGCCGGCCAUGGAGCGACUGACGUUGCCUCCCGGCGGCGCGGCGGCGGUGGACGAGUACCUGGAGUACCGGAGAAUUGUCGGUGAGGAUGAUGGAGGGAAACUUUUUACUCCUGAAGAAUAUGAAGAAUAUAAAAGAAAAGUUUUACCUAUGCGCUUACAGAACAGAUUAUUCGUGAGCUGGCGAUCACCAACUGGAAUGGACUGUAAACUUGUGGGGCCAGAGACACUCUGUUUUUGUACACAUAGGUAUAAACAACAUAAAACUGACUUUGAAACGAUUCCACAGCAGCGCCCCAUUAGUCUGCCUUGCCGAGUGACUGGCUGCCAGUGUGGAGCUUACCUUUAUGUCCCUCUGAAUGGUGCGCAGCCCAUUCGCUGCAGGUGCAAACACUUUGCCGAUCAGCACAAUGCUGCGCCUGGCUUUAUAUGCAAUGCCUGUUCCAAGUGUUCAGGAUUCCAUAGUUGCUUCACUUGUGCUUGUGGUCAGCCUGCAUAUGCCCAUGACACAGUAGUGGAAACUAAGCAAGAGAGACUGGCUCAGGGAAAACCGGUGGGACAGGAUGUUCCUUAUGCAGCAAUGGGAGGAUUAACUGGCUUCAGCUCACUGGCAGAAGGCUACAUGCGAUUAGAUGACAGUGGAGUUGGUGCACCUUCAGUUGAAUUUUUAGACUCUCCAGUUACAGCCAGGGACCACCCAUUUCUAAAAGCAUUUCAAGCAUCAUCUAGUUCUUCUCCAGAAACACUAACAGAUGUAGGUACAAGUAGUCAGGUUUCUUCCUUAAGGAGACCUGAAGAGGACGAUAUGGCUUUCUUUGAAAGACGGUACCAGGAAAGGAUAAAAAUGGAAAAGGCUGCUAAGCUGAAAGGAAAAGCACCAUUGCCAUCAACUACAAAACCUUCAUGAAGACUACUGGGGAAAUUAAAACCAUCAUCUAAAUAUGUCUUUCUUGUGUUUAUUUAAAUAUGAUAAUAUAGUUUAUCUCAAUUUAUUUACUACUUUUACUGUGUAAAAAUGUCUUUUUGGGUGUUUCCUUCCUUUAUUUAAAUAAGUGAAAAUAGUUUAUAUUACUUUUGUCAAAAUUCAUGAUUUACUACUUUGUAUAUACUUUUUCUCUCUGCUAACAUAUAAGGUUAUUUUCAUAUUAGUCAAAACCUGACAGUACAGUAAAUAUUUUUAGUCUAUCAUAAUUUAACUUUUUCAGGAUAUUUAAAAAUUAAAGCUGUUAUUGAGGGUUUUGAACAAACAUAUAAGGGCCAUUGUUUCAUUCAAAAUA